AGUGUUCUAAGUGCAAUAUCAGCAAUUCUACAGCGAGUUUACCGCUACUCAGUGAUUUACUCCAGCGUCAGCAACACUUACCAAAAAUGGCUUCAAAGAUCUCUCUCAUCGCCGUUGGGCUACUGCUGGUGAACGUGGCCGUUAAUGCGCAACAGUACGGCCAGCAGCUGGGACGCCGCAGCUCGCAGGAUCGAUUGAACCAGCUCCGUGCGUAUGACGACGGUGCCCGCCAGUCCCGCAACUACAACGAUCUGUACAACGAGCAGCGCUACGCCAGCCGCACCCUGGAUCAGGAGCAGCAGCAGCAGCAGCAGCAGCAGCAGGAUCGUCGCGAGUCAUCCGACUACGAUCGGGAUGACUACAGCUACGGGUACGCCGUGCGGGAUGAGCUUUCGGGCGACAUCAAGAGCCAGCAGGAGGUGCGCAACGGCGACCGUGUUCGGGGCCAGUACCGCACGCUCGAGUCGGACGGCACGGAGCGCAUCGUCGACUACACGGCCGACGAUGUGCGCGGGUUCAAUGCGGUCGUGCGCCACCAGCCGUCGGUCGGUACGCGGGCCCAGCUCGUCCACACGCUGCAGCCGGCCGUCCUGCUGCGACAGCCGACCGUUGGCCAUCUCGUGUCGGGCCAGCACCGUCCGGCGCUGCUCACCACGCCCCAGCAAACGUCCACCGUUCUGCUGCGCAACUAAAGCACCCUUCCCUGCGCUCCGAUACUGGAUAAUACCCGCGUACCCGCACACACCCGAAGAAUGCCAAUAAUGUUAAUUCAAUAAAAUGCCACCGUACACAAACGUAUGCCUGCCUGUUGGCUGAAGA